CCCGACACCCUCUUCCGACGGUUGGUCAAGCGGGAUGUGGCCGGCAGCCCCUUCCUUGUCCGUCUGGAGGUCUUCGAUGGCGUCCGCCUGGUCACCGGACCCCAGGACCAGCCGCUGGCCUCCUGCCAGGCCGAGCGGUGGUAUGUGGGUCCCGGCAUGCAGCGCGUGCCCAUCCGGGAGGGCAGGGUCCGCGGAGCCCUCUUCUUGCCACCCGGACCGGGACCCUUCCCGGGGGUGAUCGACCUAUUUGGGGGUGCGGGUGGCCUCAUUGAGUUUCGUGCGGGGCUGCUGGCCAGCCGGGGCUUCGCGGUGCUGGCAUUGGCCUUCUUCGCCUACGACGACCUGCCCCGCACCCUGGCCCAGCUCGACUUGGAGUAUUUUGAGGAGGCAGCUGAGCUGCUCCUCCGGCAUCCCAAGGUGCGAGGCCCCGGCCUGGGUGUCGUUGGCGUCUCCAAAGGAGCAGAGGUGGCCCUGGCCAUGGCCACCUUCCUCCCACAGGUGGUGGCCACAGUGUGGAUCAACGGCACGGCCUUCCUCCAUGGCAACCCGCUGGUCUACAAGGAUCUCCACAUCCCCCCCAUCCCAUACUACACCGAGCGCGUGAUCUUCACAGAGGUGGGGGCCUUGGACAACUCGGCCAUCUUCGCCGACCCUCGGGACCCCGCGUACAGCGCCUCGGCCAUCCCGGUUGAGAAGAUCCGGGGGAAGGUGCUCUUCGUGGUUGGGGAGGCCGACCGUAGCUUCAACAGCAAGCUCUUUGCCGAGUUGGCCAUGGCACGGAUGCCACCAGAGAGUGGCCGUGUCCUCUCCUACCCCGGCGCCGGGCACUUGAUCGAGCCCCCUGGCUCCCCCCUCUGCAGCAUCUCCAGCAUUCGGGGCACCCCCCGGCCGGUGGUAUGGGGGGGUGAAGCCCAAGCCCACGCCAAGGCCCAGGAGCACUCGUGGCAGGAGAUCGUCCAGUUCUUGGAGCACCACUUGGGUCCCGCUGCCACCAUGAAGCUGUGA